AAAUUGCGCAUAUAAAUAAAACAGCUGACGUUGAAAGAGGAAAUCAAAGUAAGUUACACAUUAUAAGUGAAACAACGGAAAAAAACUGUAUACGGCCGAUUACGGCAAAAUGUAAAUUUUGUACCUAAAUAAAUAUGUAUAAACUCGAAAUACGUAAUAGAAUCGCCAUAUAUCUCGAUCAUCGAGAAUUAAUUAAUACUAUAUAUAACAAUGAUACUACAGAAGCAGCAGAGAUUUGGGAAUUGCGAGAGGAGCUGUUCCAUUUUCAUGAACGUGUAAAAGGUAGUGAUGACCGGUGCAGUGCAACACAGGAACCAAAGACUGAAGUGAAGGAUGUCCAAAUGACAGGCGAACACAUUAAUGCGAGGAAACGACAAAAAACAAAAUACACAAAUGCAAUCGCAGCGCUAACGCAUUUAAAAACAUUAUCAGAGGAGAUUUUGCAGCGCCUAAAGCAAUGUAAACAAUUCGAAAAUCAUACGGAUAAUAGUUUUCCACGCUAUUGGGAAGAAAUUACUAUCGAAGAUUUUCCUAUCUUUAAUGGUGUUAAUAAAACCGACACAUUCCAACGUUGUCAGUUUGGCGCCCUUUCUUACCUCAUACCACCGAAUUGUGAAUUUUUCAAUUGUAAUGUCGAAGAGUUAACAAAGUUACUACCACAACUAAUGCCCAACUCAGUUGGUUACGAUUUAAUUGUAAUGGACCCACCUUGGCGAAACAAGUAUAUACGCCGCUUAAAACGUGCGCGACAAGAACUUGCUUAUAAAAUGCUUAGUACCGAGCAGCUAAGUCAAAUUCCUAUGAUGCAGCUAGUGCAUAAACAUAGCAUAGUGGCCAUAUGGUGUACAAAUUCCAGAGAAUUGCAACGUGCUAUUGUAGAGAAUUUGUUGCCGAAAUGGAACUUGCGUUUACUACACACAUUACACUGGCUGAAAAUUAAUACUAACGGCAAGUUAAUUGGACCCAUCGAUACAAGUGGUUUGAAGAAGCAGCCCUUUGAAAUGUUAUACUUAGCAUGUCACAUAGCAAGUGAACCAGAUUAUGGCACAGACUUGCAAAAUGUAACGACGAUUUUGAGCGUGCCCAGUAUUAUACACUCACACAAGCCGCCUCUCAUACCUUGGCUAAAGGAUGCGCUUCCCGAAAAUCCGAAAUGCCUGGAGAUAUUUGCUCGUUAUUUGCAGCCCCAAUUCACAUCUAUAGGAUUAGAAGUAUUGAAACUAAUGGACGAACGUUUAUACACUAAGCGCAGCGAUUUGUAAUGUGAAUAAAAUUAAGUUACCAAAUUUAAGUUAUUUUUCAUUUUAUUGUUAAAUGUUAAUUAGAAAGUGUAAAUUACAUAUAUGAAGGCGACGCUGAUAUUGUACAUCGUCACAAGCGUUUGCUAUAAUUCAGUAUCGUACGGUAAAGUUUUAGGUUUUACUUUGAGAGAACUCAAAUAUAAAUUUUAUACGAAUAAAGAGAUGUUGUGUUUAACAAAAACACAUUGAAAGUAAAAAUAAA